AUGGCGGCUUCCACAUCCCAGGUUUGUAUCAUUCCUGGCGGCGCAGCCUUCUCAGAAUUUCGCCGUCAGGCUCUCGCAUCUCUCAUCGGCGCAAACGAUGUCCAGGGACAGUAUAUCCAUUAUGUCGAGCUUAACGCCCCUUUGGAUACCGAGAGUCAAGCACUUUUGGAGAAGCUGUUGACCAAUGGCCAGCAUGGGGAAGUGGCGGAGAAGGAAGGCGCAUCAUCCACAGUCCUCUAUGUCGUCCCUCGACCUGGGACGAUUUCCCCCUGGAGCUCAAAGGCUACCAGCAUCGCCCAUGUCUGCGGUCUACGGAAGGCUAUUGGCAGAAUUGAACGAGGCAUUAGGAUCACCGUGUCUCUUGACGCCGAGAGGUCGUUGGAUGACCCGCGCGCUUUGGACUUCCUUCAUGAUCGCAUGACUGAGACCAUAUCUGAGCAGGAGCCGGACCUCAGUCUGCUCUUCCUACACCAUGAACCCGGGUCGUUGGUGACAUACGAUUUAUACAGUGACGGGCAGUCCCCCAUUAAAAUACUCCAGGACCUCAACAGCCGGCUAGGCCUUGCCCUAGACGCUUCCGAGAUACAAUAUCUGGCCGAGGCCUAUUCGAGGGAUGGUCCUGUUCCGAGGAAUCCCACGGAUGUGGAGCUGUUUAUGUUCGCCCAAGUCAAUUCGGAGCACUGUCGACACAAGAUCUUCAACGCUAGUUGGACCAUUGAUGGCCAACACAAGACCAACACCCUAUUUGGAAUGAUCCGCAAUACGCACAAGCACACUCCAGAGGGCACAAUCAGUGCUUACAGCGACAAUGCAGCUGUAUUGAAAGGAAGUAAUGGAAGUCAAUGGGCGCCUGAUGAUAUAAACGGGCAAUGGAAGUCGACCAAAGAAGGGGUGGAUUUCCUCAUAAAGGUCGAAACGCACAACCACCCUACUGCCGUCUCUCCAUUCCCAGGUGCCGCGACUGGCUCGGGGGGCGAGAUCAGAGAUGAGGGAGCCACGGGUCGGGGAUCGAAACCAAAGGCCGGCCUGGCGGGCUUCUGUGUCUCUGAUCUGCUAAUUCCUGGUCACCGACAACCAUGGGAGCUUGACUAUGGUAAACCUAAUCACAUCGCAAGCAGUCUCGACAUCAUGCUUGAAGCUCCCCUCGGUAGUGCGGCAUUCAACAACGAGUUUGGCCGUCCCUGCACGGCCGGUUACUUUCGAACGCUUCUGGUCGAGAUGAAAACUGGCAAGGAGUCCGCGGAGAUCAGAGGAUACCACAAGCCCAUCAUGAUUGCUGGUGGUGUUGGUACAGUGCGGCCACAGCUUGCCUUGAAAGACCCGGAUAUUGUCCAUGACGGUGCAUUCUUGAUCGUGAUGGGCGGACCAGCCAUGUUGAUCGGGCUGGGCGGCGGUGCAGCGUCCAGUGUCAGCUCAGGGGACGGGUCAGCAGAGCUGGACUUUGCUAGCGUCCAACGUGGAAACCCCGAGAUGCAGCGACGGGCGCAAGAAGUCAUCAAUGCUUGCGCCGCGCUUGGAGACCACAAUCCUAUUCUGUUCAUCCACGAUGUUGGAGCUGGUGGACUUUCAAAUGCACUGCCCGAGCUGGUCAAAGACGUCAAUCUCGGAGCAGAAUUCGAGCUUCGUGAUAUUGACUGUGCAGAUAAAAGCAUGAGCCCGUUGCAAAUAUGGUGCUGCGAGGCUCAGGAGAGAUACGUUCUGGCUGUCGCGCAAGAAGGCAUGAACAAGUUCAGGUCAAUUGCGAAACGCGAGCGUUGCGAGAUAUCUGUGGUCGGAAGAGCCACUCGAAAGCAACAGCUCAAACUGACAGACCGCGAACACCCUGCCAAUGCUCCGAGCCAGCAAGACCCGAUCGAUCUGCCCAUGGAGGUCCUCUUCGGGAAACCUCCUAAGAUGACCCGAGAGGUGACCUCGAGAGAGGUCGACUUGCCUGCAUUUGAUACAAGCUUGAGCAUGUACGUUCCGCAGGCCUCUACCGAUGGGCUUCUCGAAGAGGCUAUCAGCCGGGUUCUGCAAAUGCCAGCAGUUGGCUCCAAAUCUUUCUUGAUCACGAUCGGUGACAGGACUGUUGGUGGCUUGACAGCCAGAGACCAAAUGGUUGGUCCAUGGCAGGUACCCGUCGCAGACGUCUCUGUGACAGCCACAUCUCUCACGACCGGGAUCAAGACUGGCGAAGCGAUGGCCAUGGGCGAGAGACCCACAAUUGCUUUAAUCUCUUCCGCCGCAUCUGCACGCAUGGCGGUGGCUGAGUCCUUGAUGAACCUGACUGCUGCUGAUCUGCCGGACCGUCUGCAGCAGGUCAAACUGUCCGCGAACUGGAUGUCUGCUUCAAGUCACCCGGGCGAAGGCGCUGGGAUCUACGAAGCGGUCGAAGCCCUGGGCAUGGAUCUAUGCCCCAAACUCGGCAUUGCCAUCCCUGUUGGCAAAGACUCGAUGUCGAUGAAAAUGAAGUGGCAAGACCCUCAGUCCAAGGAAGCAAAAGAAGUCACGGCGCCUCUGUCGUUGGUGAUCUCUUCGUUUGCGCCUGUGCUGGAUAUCAAAAAGACAUGGACGCCUCAGCUCCGCCGUUACCACGAAGUCGGCGAGUCGACGUUGUUCUUCGUCGACCUCGGUCUAGCACACCGAUCUCUCGGCGGGUCGAUUCUCGCACAGUCCUUCAAACAAAUUGGCGACGAAGCGCCCGAUAUCCGAUCCGUCGGCCUGUUCAAGGACUUCUUUGACGCGACGCAGCAACUGCACGAGCAAGGGCUGGUGCUUGCAUACCACGACCGCUCCGACGGGGGAUUGUUUACGACGUUGGCGGAGAUGUCGUUUGCCGGGCGCUGCGGAAUCGAGAUCAUGAUCAACGACAUCUGCCCGUCGCCACACACUCCAGACGUAAUAUCGGCUCUGUUCAACGAAGAGCUGGGAGCCGUGUUCCAAGUGCGCAAGGAGGACGAGAACCGAUUCAAAGCGUGCUUCGCGACCUGCGGGCCGCCGCCCGGCUUGAUCCACAAGAUUGGACGGGUAUCCAGCAAAUCCAGCACGCAGAACAUGGCCAUCUACCACGGCGCGAAGCUCAUCUACCGCGGGGCCCGUGGCGAACUACAGCAGAAAUGGUCCAACACGUCGUACUGGAUGCAGCGGCUGCGCGACAACCCUGCCUGCGCGGACGUCGAGUUCGCCGGGAUCCUCAAGGACGCCGACCCCGGCAUCAGCUACAACCUGACGUUCAACCCCAAGGAGAACAUCAACUCGUACAAGACCAAUCUGCUAUCCUUCGUGCGACCGACCGCACGGCCGCGAGUGGCCGUUCUCCGUGACCAAGGAACCAACGGACAGGCAGAGAUGGCGUUUGCCUUGGACGCCGCCGGCUUCACGGUCGUCGACGUGCACAUGUCGGACAUACUGGAUCCGAAGCCGCACCAGACGCAUCUCGGUAUCGACCACGACCUGUCGUCGUUCACGGGCCUCGCGUUGGCCGGCGGCUUCAGUUUCGGCGACUGUCUGGGCGCCGGCCAAGGGUGGGCGAAAUCGAUUCUGUUCCACCCGACGACGCGGCGCAAGUUCGCCGACUUCUUCGCGCGCAAAGACACGUUUGCCCUCGGCGUCUGCAACGGAUGCCAGGUCCUGAGUAAGCUGAAAGAGCUGAUCCCCGGGGCCGAGACCUGGCCAAGCUUCGAGCGCAACGAGUCCGAGCAAUACGAGGCGCGCGUCGCCAUGGUCAAGAUCUCCGACCCGCCCGCCGAGUCGGGCUUGCCGCCCAGCGUCUUCUUCCAUGGCAUGAGCGGCUCCAGUCUGCCCAUCGCCGUGGCGCACGGCGAAGGUCGAGCCUCCUUCACCGCCACGGGGAACAAGGCCCUGGAUGCCUCGCUCGCUGCCGACUUUGCGGAUUCCCAUCUCGCCCCCGUCCGCUUCGUCCACAACAAAACCUUGGCCCCGACCACCACGUACCCGGCCAAUCCGAACGGGAGCCCCGCGGGCAUUGCCGGCGUCCGCAGCCAGGACGGCCGCGUGCUGGCCCUGAUGCCGCAUCCGGAGCGCACCAUCCUCCAGGGCAUCGGCAGCUACAUUCCCGAUGGGAAGAGCGCCGAAUGGGGCGAGUAUGGACCUUGGGAGCGGCUGUUCCAGAGUGCCAGACGGUGGGUGGGUUAG